UUUUCUUUGGUUUUUUUUUAAGGAAUGGAGAAGGUGGUUGCUUGUCCAUACAAAAGGCCAGAUGCUCUCUAUAGGCUGAUAUGCUUUCCAUGGGCUGGAAGUGGAGCUUCUCAUUUUUCUCAGUGGGGCAGACUCUUCAGCAGUUCAAUUGAAGUGUCCUGUGUAAACCUUCCUGGAAGAGAAUCUCGUGAGGGAGAGCCUUUUGCAAAAGACAUGGCACAUGUAGUUAACGAAAUUAUAAGUGUUUUGUUAAAAGAACUGCAAGAAAAGCCAUUUGCAUUUUUUGGUCACAGUUUUGGAUCGUAUGUUAGUCUUGCAGUUGCACUACUCUUGAAAGAAAAGUAUGGACUAGAACCAACCCAUCUUUUUUUAUCAGGGGCACCCACCCUAACCUCUGAAGCAUUUUUUUGCCUCAAAACUGCACAUGGUAAAAAAGAUGAAGACAUUCUUGCACAUGUAGAAACUUCAGGAGGAACUUCUUCUGAGUUUCUGCAAAAUAAAGACAGUAAGAAACAUCUGAUAAAUAUUCUCAGAGAAGACUCUAGAGUACUUCACACAUGGUCUUUUGAGAUGGUAGAUGGGAAUGUCCCCUUCUCUUGUGAUAUUACCUGCUUUAAUGGAUCUGAAGAUCAGCAAACACUUGAUUUAGAAGCCUGGCGUGAUCUAACAAGUGGAGAGACUUCCUUCUACAAACUUCCUGGAGGUCACUUUUAUCUGCUGGAGCCCUCUAAUGAAAUUUUCUUGGUAAAACUUAUAACAACAUGUAUAGAACAUGCUGGCCUAUGAGUAUUUCCCUCUAUUUUAAUGGCAGACAAUGUAAGAUUAGCCCACAGCAGCUCAAAAUAAGUCAUUCUUUCUGUACAAUUGUAUGCAGUUAUGCCUGAGAGUUGUUUUGUUCCUCCUGUGUAAUCCUUUAGAAGAGGGAGUUUUUUGAUUUGCUGAAAAUAAACAUUGGCUUUGGGGCUUAAAAAUAAAACAGUUUCCC